AGGCUGAACGCAAACACAAGAGAACAAACGUUAAACCAGCUCUGUCUUUUAGCUCCUGGAAUCUCUGCCACCAUGGCUGAAUCCAUCUGCACAUUAUUACGGCUAUUAUCCCUGCUGUCCAUUCACACUCUGUGUGUGUACGCAGAGGGUUUUGCACUGUCGCCUAUUGAACUUGCUCCCAUCCCCUGUAAUGACAAAGCAGUGGAGAAGCUAUCUCGUCUGGCUGUAACUUACAUCAAUGAGGAUCGCCCCGAUGGCUACAAGUUUGCCCUCAACCGCAUUGCAAAUGUCCACCUGCACGCUCAGGGCCCAGCAGGCAAUGUGUAUUACCUGGACCUGGAUGUCCUGGAGACCAAGUGUCACAUAGGCAGCCCAAAACCAUGGAAAAGAUGUGAUGUCAGACCGUUCAUGGAAACACAAAUCUCUGGCAACUGUAACACCACCAUUCUCCACACACCAGAGGGAUACUCCUACCUGUACAGCUACGACUGCACUCUUGUCCCAGAUCCCCCAGAGAAGCUCCAGCAGACCUGUCCAACCUGCCCCCUCCUGCUCCCUGUAGAUAGUCCACAGGCUGUGAAUGCUGCCCAGGCCACUUUGGCAUCCUAUAAGAGACAGUCCACACUGGGUGCAGAGCUCGGAGUAAAGAAGAUCACCAGAGCUGCAGCGCAGGUUGUGCCAGUGAAAGCCAGCUUUGUGGAGUACACCGUCCAACAGUGUCCAGAGGGAGUGACAGAAAGAGGCACCUGCCGGCGACUGACAGUCAAGUCUGACACAGAGACUGCAGGUUUCUGUGCAGGAUCUGUGCACGGAGACUUAACCGUCCAUCCUGAUGUCCGGGUGUCCUGUGAGAUGUUCAAAGCACAGGAUGUGGACAUCUUCAGACCCGUGCAGCCUCAGGGUCACGAACUCCCCCAAGACCAUGCGAUCCCAACCUUCCCCACUGUGUUCGAUGACCAAGGAAAUGAUCUGCUGCCUGUUCCCUCUUACACCACACUGCCCCCUGCUGUUCAACCACUGCCAUUUGACCCCACACCCAUUCUCCCUCUGCCCUUUGACCCCCCCGUUGUGGUUAACCCCUUUAUUCCCCUCAGCUCAUCUUCCAGUGAGUCUGCUGAAGAUCUAGUAAACCAGCAACAGCGACCCCCAGGUGCUGGUCCUUCUGCUUCAUCCUCUGAAGAGAUAGGAGGCCCCGUGGCACUACGACCACCCAUUGACUUCCACUACAAGAGGCGUGACCGCAAGAGACGGCAGGCCCUGGCGGAGACCUCACCCUCUCACAACCCAACCUUCCUGUCUGAUUUCCCCAGUGGGUCUUCUCCUUUCCGCUCCUGUCCUGGUCCUGCUCGCUACACCACAGUUUAACUAACUGGUGCAGCCGGUGACGGGGUGGACCGAUAAACUGCUCUGCUCCCUGUCACUGUAGGCUUGUAAUAGCCUUAUUUUAUGAUAAUGAGAGGAAUGCCAUCUCUUCUCACUGGCCCUGAAAUUACCUCUCUGCUGCUAAUACUGCUCCCAAAGCAGCCAAAGCUAAAACCAUAUAUGUAUUUGAAAAUGGCUUCAAAUAUUUUAACUAUUUUAAAUAAAUCUUGAAUCCCCUGUCAACUGCUUGAUGAAUUUAUAUACUUUACUUACUAGCAGUCUAAUACUUACAGUAUCUAUUUUGGUGGUAUAAAGCAAAGGAAUUUAGAUUUUGGAGCUGAAUAUAAGAGCAGAAACGGUUUAUCGAUUCGUUGAUUGAAAGAAAAUUAAUCUGUAACUAUUUUAGAAAGAAGAAAAUAACAUCUGCUAAUUGGGUUUACGGCUGUGAGAGUUUUUUGCUUUCCAUGUGUUUUAUAUCUUUCUAAAUUAAACAUAUAUUUGGAUUUUGGCUUUUCAAAACAGGACAUUUGAAGACAUUGAUUUAGGUUCUUGGAAAUUGUCAUGGGCAUUGUUUGGAUGUUUUGUAAUCUAAACAAUGAAUCAAUUAAUUUAUUUUAAUUGCACCACUAAAAUAUUCAGCGGCAGUGAUUUCUUACAACCAGUGUACUGAAUUCCCUUGUAACACAUUGCACUACUAUGCCCUGAUAAUGGAUGAAAUGGAUUUCUUUUUCUUUGAACUUGCACUAAAAUGUUUUAAGAAAACACUGAGAGAAAAAUACGAAGUUCUGUGAGGAAGCACAAAAAUAUUAGACAAAAAAAAAAAAA